CCGCUUGGAUCGAGAGCGCCAGCGCGACAUAGGAGAAAGAUCAAUAGCAGGGCUUUGGUCGAAAUUACGAUGCAUCUCUCCACGGUGGUCCUGAUUCUGCUCGUCAGCGGCAUCGCCAGAGGUUGGGAAUGCGGCGCAGGGUGCAACGCCGAAAAUGGGUUUUGUGAGAAGCCAGGGAAGUGCAGGUGCAAACCAGGCUGGCAGGGGGAGGCAUGCGACCAGUGCAUGCCCUUCCCUGGCUGUUUGCACGGCACUUGUGAGAAGGCAUGGCAGUGUAUCUGUGAAGACGGGUGGGUGGGCAGCCAGUGUGACCAAGAUACUCGCCUGUGCUCAUCCAGGCCUUGUUCUGGUAAUGCCACCUGCAUUGAGACGGGGGAGGGGGGAUACCUCUGUAUCUGUCCUCAUGGCUACACUGGAGAAAACUGCCACCUGAAGAAAGGACUUUGCCUCACAAAUGGCUCUCCUUGUCAGAACGGAGGUACAUGUUCCGACGCCGACGGCUCAGUGGAGUACACCUCAUGUGUGUGUCCCCCCGGAUUUGCCGGAGACUUCUGUGAGAUCAACGUUGACAGCUGCCAGCCCAACCCCUGCCUCAAUGGUGGCAACUGCACAAACCACGGCCUGGCGUUUGCAUGUGCCUGCCCCGACGGCUUCUCUGGCUUCACGUGUAACGACACCACCAGCCUCUUUCCCUGCGCCGACAGGCCAUGUGCCAACGGAGGCAUAUGUGUGGGUCAACCUGAUGGAACCUUCCGGUGCAUUUGCCAGAAAUGGUUUACAGGUCCCACCUGCUCUCUGCAGCACAAACCAAAGGCCAAAUCCAAGCCUGCCAGACACCCAGACCACAGAGUGUUUGCACUGACUCCACAGCAUUACUCCCUCCCAGCUCACGCCUUCCACAAGCUCCUCAGACCCCCGGAGAGAGACCUUCUUAAGAUCACCCUAAAGGAGACGGUUCAUUCCUCGGGCGUCCUGAUCACCCACGGUCAGCUCCUCUGUUUUGGCAUGCUGGCCCUUCUCACCUGCCUGGUGAUCCUUGGUACCACAGGCAUCGUGUUUUUUGGCCGCUGCGAAACAUGGUUGGCUAAUGCCAAGUACAGCCAGCUUGUUCGGCAGCAAAGGGAACACCUGCUGAGAGAGGCAGGCAGCCACAGCCAGGAAGAGCAGGAGCAUUCAGUAAACAUCAUCCUGCCGGAGAAAAUUAGACUCACCAGCUUUGGGACACACUACACCUCCAUCUGA